AUACAAAUAAUUGCAGUUUGAUUAUUGAAAAAUAUAAAUGUAUGAGAAAAAUUGGAACUCGAAUUUGAAACUUCAACAAUUUAAUAUACAAUGACGUGUGAUAUACCUUGAAAUCCGAGUGACACACACUUGAAUUAUCAAUGGAGUCUGUAACGGAAGUUUACGACGUCAAUUUUCCCACGGUUGUUGCUUCGAAUUUGUCGGGACAAUACGGUAUUGAUGAACAUGUGAACUUGACUUUGCUUCCUCCCAAAUGCAAAUGGAACUCCUUGAACACGGGAAUGGCUUGUCUGCUUUUCUUAACAUUUACACUGAACGUGUUAUCAUCCAUUGUUCUAUUUCGUGUACCACUGGUAACUGUCAGAGGAAGGAGUAAUCCAGUAUAUCUUUGUAUACGAUUUUUGAACAUUUGUGAUGUCCUACAGGCGUUUUUCCUGAUUUUGAUGCCAGCAUUCGCAACUCCAGAAUGCGAUUGGCUCGGUGGAAAAAUAUCUUGCAGUAUAAUGGGAUUCAUUGUCUUAUUUUUUCUUCUCGUUUCUCCGCUUAUUACAAUUUUAAUGGCAUUUGAUCGCGUUAUUGCUCUUUACUGGCCUUUCAAAUAUCGAAGUCAUCUAGGAUUGAAGCUUUUGAAAUUUCUUCUACCGUCAGCAUGUAUUCUUGUAAUUAUAACAACAAUUUUGCCCAUAUUUGGUGUUGGAGAAUAUCACGUGGUCAAGGGAAGGAGGUUUUGUCUUUUAGACACAAUUACAGAAAAUUCUCUUCAUCGUUCCUACGUUAUUGGAGUUCACAGUGUGUUUUUCUUGGCUCUUUUGUUCAUGUUAUCCUGCACUAUAGCCUUUCAAAGUAAACUGCUGAGCAUGUCAUUCACAAAAAAGCACAAAGAAUCAAAGUCAAAGGCUCGCAAAAAAGUAUCUUCACGACGCACAAGAAAUGCUACAUUGACAACAAUGGCAGUUUGCUGUAUAUUCAUCAUUUGCUACAUGCCUUAUGUGAUUCGGGUCCUCGUCGAGGCUUCAACUCUUCAGAAGUCUCCUACUAUAAUCACCUGGAUGACCUUUGGCCUUGCAUUUUUACAACCGCUUCUUAAUCCUGUAGUAUACCUGGGAACCAACGCAAGAUACCGGAAGGAACUUCAGGCUUUGAUAAAAAAUAUUAAAGUAUCAGAUUGGGAGACUUCUUCGGAAAGCGGUGUCACUCACAAUGGCUCCAGAGGCGCCUUCUCCGGGUUUCGAAGACGAAUUUCAAGCGGAGGUAGCAGAAACAGCAAACGUAGCAGCAGGCGAAAAACUUUGGCGGAUCAUAAUUCAUUGAACAAUAGCGCCACCUCGCCAACAGGAACGUCAAAACAUGCGAGCGGGACAAGAAAAUCAAGAAAUUCAGCGUUUUUGCCGGAUACCUUCAUUGUACCGGAUAAAGAUACAAAACAAAAGAGAUCUUCGUUUCCGAGACAAAAGAACUUAGGAGAUGAAAUUAAGUAUAAGCAGAGAAUUCGUGAACCGUCGUCAAGCAGUGGAGUAAAAUCAUACGACAGCGUUGAAAAAAUGUUAAUCACUCCUCCUGCACUGACUUCAUCUUGCAUGCCAUUUGGAAAAUCCUUCGUGUGGACAUCAGGACAGCAAAAGUCCGGAAAAUAUGGACGUUCCAUGAAAAAUAAUGACGUUUUUGACGUGGAAACGAACCGAGAACGUAGCAAUACUGUUUCAGAGGGCUAUAUGCCUUCCUCAGGGGUAUCUGGAGCGAAAGAAAUCGCUUACAUAAGAAAUAUGCAUAGAAACUGCUCUUCGAGUACUCCAGGAUUACUGGAAGCACAUACUUUCUUCGAUUGUCAACACGGAAAUGAAAAUUCUGACGAAAUUGGGCGUUUGGAUCCUAUUGACUUAUGUGUGUUCGAUCGAAGUCCAAAAAACUUCCCGGAUACUGGGGAACUGCCAACAGAUUCCUAUUUUGGUAGUGACAAUCACAUCCAUAAUACGUGCGUUGCGUCUUCGAAUAAUAAGCAAAGCAAUUCAGGAUGUGAUCUGACCGAAAACUACGACGCUCCAGAUGUAUUUAUCGACAACGACCAUGUCGCGAAGUCAUGCUCUAACGCAAUUGACUUUUUGUCGCCCAAAGCGGAAGAUGACUCCGAUAUGAUGCGUGUGACCGCUAGAUCAAGUUAUAAAAAAGCUUUGGCUAUGAAAUCGUUAUAUCUUCUUUCAAGAAAACCGUCGAAACGCGAUAGUGGUGUAGGAGAUUCUUGAGUUUCAAAAUAACUUAUGACAACACCGACUGAUACACAAUAAAAUAUAAUAAAAUGGCUAUCUAGAUUACCUGGUAAUUCUAACUGCCUACCCCUUAAAAUUCAGAAUUUAUAUAGGGGCGAAUUUAUUGCCAACUGACAAAUUGUCAUGGUUCAAAAGCUGAAUAUAAACAGCAGGCCGCAAAUCGCAUCGAAAAUCUAUAAAAUUGGAUUUCCGUCUCUAGAUCGGAAGGAAGGAAAGGCAAUAAGACGUAUAAAUGAUAUGGCGGACAACUGAAUUUCGCCUGGUUACCAAGCUUCAGUAAAGCCAGUCAAUUGUUAAAUACAAAAUUAAAAUCCCCAUUUUCAGUCUUUAUGCUACAAUUAUAGCGUCUAGUACCUUUUCGGCAUUAUUGGUUAAAAAGUGUUCAGCAUCUUGUUAACACCAGUAAUUACCAAGGACAUGAGAGUCAAAACAGACCGACGAUUAUGGAUCAUAUGGGUGCACUGUCACAAUCAUAUACGUUUAUUUAUUUACGUCGUAAAAACGAACUAUUCGAUUCAUUCAUUUUCAUUAGAUUUUAAUGCGAAAAGGAAAAGUUGAAUCAAUCUGAUGCGUCAUGCUUGAAAUUCAUUAGUCAGCAUAGUUUAAAAAGAUCAUCUUGUCAUAAUAUAUGUCAUUGUUCUUCGAUGACAUUGUAAUCGAUUUUUGUUGAAAUUUUUGUUAUUUCACUACGCAUUUCUAACAAAGCAAUUUACAUAGUAUUGUCAGUGUUUUUAAUUUUACUUACUUUUGUAAAAUAUCAUAAUUCUGAUUUUCAAUAGUAUAAAAAAGACCACAGCAUUUUUGUAAACGCUUUUGAUAAACCAUUCACCAGCGACCUGUGGUGUUUUGUACAACGGUAUGUUUUUGCUCUGAGCUGAUUUGUGUACCCGCAAAGAAGAAGAUAAUGUGAGGAUAUCCAGGCACUGGAUUACUUCGACGAAAAUGAGAUCUCUAACUAACAGUAUCAGCGUCGCCAGGACAACGUCUUAUCCUUCACAGUACAUGCACCAAAAUUACUCUAAACUAAAGCUAUUACGGAAUCUAUUGGCAAAUUUGGUUAAUGAUAUACACUGUUCUUGGGAACUGGCUUCGAGUUACACAGAGAUUUAUUUUCAGUCAUUUACAAAUACUCUGACUCAUAAUCCAGACAAAGUCAACAUCGGUUAAGUCAAUCUUAUUUAAAGCGAGAUGGAUAUCGUUGUUAAUUGCUACAAAAGUACCAAUAAAAUCAAUAGAUAAGCUAUUUUAUCGUAAUCGGUGAUAUGAUGUAUAUUUUUGUGUAUGCAUGCACAGGCAAGCUUUUUCACGGCAAUAAUCACAGAUGUUAUAUAAAAUACUGCUGUCAUAUAUUUCAUAUCGUACGCUUAGACGUUUUCUCAUUGGGAAGUAUGUCUACAUAUUAGUGUAGGCAUAAAAGUAAGCAUAGUUUCUAUCGCCCAUUGAGUUUGGUCAGUGAUCAAGACGCUUUCAAGAUUUCCAAAAAUCAUACAGUUUUUGUAUUUUUAUGUUUGCUUUUUCUGAAUAAUCUAAAUAAAUGAUGUUACUGUGA